AUGUCGAAUGUCACUGAGAUGCACAGAGUAAUUGAUCUCCCAACAUCACUUCAUAUCUCUGUUUGCGUUACUGCAGUCCUAGUAAACAGUUUUGUACCGGCGGUCAUUUGGAAAGAUCCUAAGAAAUGUUUGAGAACCCGUUCUGCCAUGCUUAUAACCAGUUUGAUGAUCUCCGAUCUUUUUGCUGCAGUGGUCAACAUUACACGCACUGUUUAUGAAAUUUGGCUGGAAGGACGUCUUCAAAGUAGGCCAAUAGCAAUUGUUUUGAUCAUUGGUAGUUACGACGCCUUAAUGAUAUCGUUUGUCACUAUUUUUCUUAUAUCUGUUGAACAUUUACUGGCUAUAACACAUCCUAUCAAGUUGAAAAUCCUUGUCACGAAGAAACGGAUAUCAGUAAUUAUUAUUUCAACCUGGCUAGGUUGUACCACCAUCCUCGUUUGUGCAUAUCAUCUACCUGGAUACAAUAACGAGCUUUUCCAAACGAUUACAGCAUGCAGUGUUUUGCUAUUUAUUGCCUUACCAACGAUCUACGCUCGAGCUUUCUUUUCCUUGGGACAACAGUCGAAAGCAAUGAAGGCGGUUCAGGAUGGUUGUUCAUACAAAUCUGGGAAGAAAAGAAUAGCACAGCAGCGAAACUUUCUUUUAACUUCUGCUGUCCUGAUUUUGACUUAUCUAAUGACUUGCGCACCGUUUAUUUUUCAUCAUUAUUUGAAAACAUCUCAAAAUGCGAACUAUAAUAUGCGUAGAGAUAAUGAUAGCACAGGCGCCUUUUUAUGGAUUAUUCUUUAUGUCAAUCUAUUCUUGGAUCCUUUUCUUUAUUGCUUAAGGAUUCCUCAGUAUAGGAAAUCUUGCAUAGCGUUCAUAUGUAAAGGCAGAGAGCAGAAUUAG